AUGGAACAGCAGGAUCUUGAUAUUCCCUGUACUCCCACUGCUCGUGUUACUGAACACCGAUCGACUCUCCAGUCCCCAUCGUCAUCGCCCUCGACCUCUUCGCUUACACCAGCUCCCCAGCGACACGCUACGACUCCCUCUUCUCGCCCGACAACGCCAGCGACGGUCGGUUCAACCGUAACCUUACCAAGAAAUCCUCUGUCGACUUCCGAGCCUACUCUACGGUUUCCUCGCCCUCAAGGCAAUCGACAUCUUGCCAACUGGAUUUCAUCUAGUAAUCCAGAUAUCAUGCGCUUUACCACCACUACCGAGGACAGUGGACUGAUGUCCGAGUCCGAAUAUGAAGUAAUCUCGAACGAUACUGAGUCCCAGGAUGGGAACUACACCGAGUCUAUGGGCGAGUCUAUCGGCUCUUUGGGGCUCUCCCGUCCCGACGACGUACAAAGCCACACCGGCACCGAACAGACCUACGAUGACGAGUCUGUCACCGACGAAUGCGAUAUUCCCAGCCAGCAAACCCAUCAAGAAGAGCCUGAUGAUAUUGUCGACUCCAUGGAGCCUGAACAGACUCCACAAAUACAGCAAAGCUGGGCUUCAGUAGUCAAGAAUGGGCCUCUUCCCGAAGUUGAGGUUGAGCCUGAGGUCGAACCCGAGGCACAGCCUGAACCCAGCGCUGAACAGGAACCUGAAUCAGAAGAUGAAGCCCGAUCCAGAAGCUCUCUUGAGUAUACUCAACAAAGUCUCAAGACCCCCUCGAUCCCUAGUCCCGACGCUAGUAUUACAGAGCACAAGCCUGAUCAAAUGCUUCUACCCACUGGAAACGAAGAAGAGGCGGAGACUCGACGAUCAGCACUCAACAAGUGGCUGAAAGAGACACAGCAUCCUGUAUCUAAGAACAGAGAGACAAUCAUCAAGAAGGUCACCAGUCCUUCUACGGUAUCUGCAGUGCUUUUACUCGUCUUGGUCUCGCUGAUCAGCGUAUUCCUCACUCCACUCUCGAGAGAUGCGGCUCCCCACAUCCCCGCAGCCACUUCCGCUGUCACGAACCACCCCACUCUCAUAAACUCCUCGAGUCGAAGCUCCUUGCCAACUUCGCAGGCUCUUACCACAUCAAUUGGAGGUUCGGGACUUAUCCCUGUUCAGGAUGCACCCGCCAACGAUUGGCCAUGGAGCAGCCAGAAGAUCAAUGUGACUGUCGAAAGAUAUGAAGGUAACUUUCUGCUUCGCAUGCCUCGAGAUGUCAAGAAAUCAUGGCUUGACAGAGAUUGUCUCAACUUUAAUGCCAAGCGUGGCGGAGAACAUGUCCGAUUCGGUACCUCAUCAACAGACGAGGGCAUCGUCCUCAAGAUCCCCAAAGAGGAAGCCCAUGGAAUGGUCAAGGUUGACAUGUAUACUACUUGCCGCCCAAGGAUUCACAAAGUUCUCAGAGUUACAUUCGAGAAGGGUAUCAUCUCGGAGGCUUUGGAUCUAACUUGGUCAUUUGCGCAGCGUGUCCCAGAGCUCGUUCCAGCUGCUGCUCAAAAGGCAGAGCGACGCCUCGAGGAAGCCAGACGCUCACUAGAGACAGCUUCUUGUAACUUCAAGACCACGUCUGGCACUUUCUGCAAAGAUCUUGGUGUCAAAUUCCACGAUGCCCACCGGUCCUUGGGCUGGAUUAAGAAAGAUAUUAAGUGUCGAUCUCAAGCAGCUAAGCACGGCAUCUCGGCGAAGCUAGAGUCUAUCGCAGCUGAUGUCAAGCAAUACAUCCCGAGCACUGAAGCUGUGCAGAACAGAGCCGAACUCGAGUUGCUCAACGCACAAAUUACGGCAAAGCUGUGGUGGCUCAGACUGACGGCGGGCGACGAGGAACAUGACCGUUACGAGCGCGCGGCCGAACAAUUCAUGACCAAGAAAGUAAUCAAGCAACUGAUCAAGAAUGAGUAUGGUCGACAAUCUGCUGCCAAGGCGCCAGCUUCUGCGAAACUCAGUCGCUUUUGGUUGUGGUCUGAUGACUUCAAAGAUCGUGCAGAACGACAGAAGGCAUAG